UGGAAGCAAGGACUCAAAUUUAACAGAAUCCACCUUAAAAUCUCUGCCUUUACUCAAGCCCACCUUCCACCAUACCGCGUGAGAAUUACAGGAGAAAAAAAGAAAAAUUGUGGAGGUAAUAACGCAAUAUCUCCUAACCAAGGAGAGAAAGAAACGAGCACAACGAAAGGACUCAUUUGGACUUCAGAGAUAGCGGUAAGUGCUCUCAAAGCAGAAAAUUUGAUGAUGACCAUGACUACGAUGGCUGACGGUCUGGAGGCUCAAGACUCGUCAAAAUCGGCUUUCAUGGAGUUUGGACAGCAAUCGCACUCACAACAGAGCUCCCCGUCGAUGGCCGCCAGCCAUUAUCCGCUCCACUGUCUUCAUUCCGGGGCUCAUCAUCAUCAGCACGACAGCUCACCGUACUCCGGCUCGAACUCCUAUAACAGGUCGCUACCUUACUCCUAUGUAAGCCAUCCCCAACACAGUCCAUACCUGCCGUCCUACCACAGUAACGCCACCGGAGCACAGACCAGGUUAGACGCCACAGAACAGCAGAAGACAACAGUGAUUGAAAAUGGAGAAAUACGUUUCAACGGAAAAGGCAAGAAGAUCAGAAAACCGAGGACGAUUUAUUCAAGUUUGCAGCUUCAGGCAUUAAAUCACCGUUUCCAGCAGACUCAGUACCUGGCGUUACCAGAGCGCGCAGAAUUGGCUGCCUCUCUCGGGCUCACGCAAACACAGGUAAAGAUAUGGUUUCAAAACAAAAGGUCCAAGUUCAAGAAGUUGUUGAAACAAGGCAGUAACCCUCAUGAAAGUGACCCUUUACCUGGCUCCAUCGUUCUGUCCCCGCGCUCUCCAGCCAUUCCUCCUAUCUGGGACGUCUCAGCAUCCUCCAAAGGAGUAAACAUGUCUGCUAACAGCUACAUGCCCGGCUACUCACACUGGUACUCCUCGCCUCAUCAGGACGCCAUGCAGAGAUAGGCUACGAACCUGUUUAGGCCAGAGGCCUUGAUGUUGACAACCUGUCUUCGCCAAUUCACGUGCGCUAGGACACACAUUGUGAUCGCUUCAAAUACCUGAUAGAGAACUAUAGGCUACUAUUAGGCCGACGAUUUUUUUUUAAGGGUGAAGACAUCUGAUUUGGCGAUCUGAACGUGCGACAAUGGAACUGACUAUCUGAACUCUUCAAACGGAUUGUUUAAAAAUCGGUUCACAUGUUUGACUUGUAAUCAAACACACUAACACACACAUACACAAACACACACACACACACAUCGCCAACAUGAAACUGGGACAAGAACCGAUACGUUGUGUCACAAGCACGACGCUUCAGUCGCAUUUGAAAACGAACUCAAACCUGCAUAGAUGUUUCUGAUCAUGCAAAAGCAGUUUGAUUGUAAAUAUAC